UUUAGUUACGCUCCUGUGUUACAGGAAAAGAGCUUUGCUCAAGAAUCGCGAUUCGCGCGAUAUUUUAGAGCUUCGUUCUAUAUUACAUAAUGAUUCUUACACUUACGUAACACCUAUACCGUACUUUAUUCAUCGCUUUAUAUGACAAUGACGAAACACGUGACUUGUUGAUAAUAUUCUAAAUAUAGAUCUUGGCGUGAUAGCACGAUAUUUUAAUAUGAAAGUAAAAGUUGAAUUUCUGAGAAAUUGUAGCAAGUUAACUUAUGUUAACCCUGACACCACGACGUAUAACUGCAGAUGUUGGGAAGUUUGUACGACAAAAUUACAUUGCAUUUGAUUGAAACAAAACGUUAUCACCGACCGGGGAAGUAAAAAUAUCUCAAAUGUUUACGGAUUAACAGUUGUAGUUUGUAAUCACGUGAUCGAUGUCAGUGUUAAGUCACGAUAAGGCGCCCGGGUGUGACGAGAGACAGAGACGUUUGUUGAAGAGAAGGAGUGUUGAUAUGUUAAUGGAUCCUAUCGACUAUCUAACAGGAGGACGACUGUAGACUACAUGGAAGCAACAUGGAUGACACAGAAGUGUGUAGUAUAUGUUUAAACGACUUUCAACAACCUGUAACAAUCGAUUGUCAUCAUUCGUUCUGUUUUAUCUGUUUAGAAGAUUAUGUGAACAAAACCUCCAAUAAAGAUCAAUUCAAAUGUCCAUUGUGUCGGUGUCUUAUAGACGGGGAUGUGCAGCGUUUCAGUCCCAAAUUAAAUAUUGAAGACAAUUCUACUAUUCCACAAUGUGAUGUAUGUAAUGAAGAUAAAUCUCAAUAUUUUUGUCGAGACUGUGAUCAAUAUUUAUGUAAAUCGUGUAAAACCAUGCAUGAUAAGAUGAAAAUAUGUAAAGACCAUUUUGUUUGUCGAUAUGAUGAAAAAAAAAUCUGUCAACAAUCAAACGAUCCAAUGAUGGAAAUGCUUUCAGCCACUUCCGUUACACAUCCGAAAGAUUUCUGUCCAAACCAUGAAGGAGAGACAGUAAAAAUAUACUGUAAAGAUUGUUUACUAGCUGCAUGUUUUAACUGUUUAGUUGCCGAUCAUAACGGACAUAAGUUUUUAGAUUUAAAGAAGGAUGAGGUCCGACAAAGUAUCAGACAAGACUUAAAAACGCUGAAUGACGAUCUAGAAAAGCAGAUUACCAAUUUUCAGAAACAGCAUGAUGAUUUAAGUAGUAAAUUAAUUGAAAUCAAAAACUGUACAAAAACAGAAUGCGACAAAGUAGAUGCACACGUGGAUAAAAUCUGCUCAGAAGUUCAUAAAAUUGGAGAAAAUAUUAAAAAGGAAAUGCAAAAAUCAAGUGAAGAGGAAGAAUCCAAAUUAGUGAAAUUAAUGGAGGACAUUAACAGAUUAACUGAAGAUUUAAAAGCUAGUGUUAAAUAUUCAGUGAAUGUUUUAGAAGAUUCAUCUAUUGUUCAAGUUUUACAAAGAUUACCUAAUGUUAGACGGGAGAAAGAUGAAAGUUGUUUUAGAAAAUUGGAUAUACCUGAUGUAAGAUAUUCAACAUUUCAAGUAGCAGAGAUAGAUGAAACUUUGUUAACUAAUCAACUUGGCAAAAUUCAACAAAUUGUGGAAGAAACAGCAUCUGUUGCUAAUAAUCUGUCAUCACAGUCGUUAGAUGCAGGUUUUCCAGAUGAUGAUGAUGAUGAUGGUCCACAACUAGAAGUUUUAUCUCCCACACAACCAAGUCCACUGGCCAGGAUGGCAAGUGAUAUUCCAGCCCGACUACGUCAGAUUUAUAAUCUAGCCAUCCAAUAUGAGUCAGAGGGUCGAUAUGAAGUGGCUGUCCCACUAUGUAAACAGGCAUUAGAAGACUUAGAAAAAACGCGCGGCCAUGAUCAUCUAGAUGUGGCCACCAUGUUAGAUAUGUUAGCUGCUAUAUACAGUGAUCAAGGCAAAUAUAAGAAAGCAACAGACCUAUUGAAUGAUGCUCUCGGUAUCCGAGAAAGAACAUUGGGAAUGUCCAACCCUGUCGUUGCUGCUACGUUACACAAUCUAGCUAUGAUGUAUGGAAUAAGGGGUAAAUAUAUAGAAGCAGUACCACUGUGUAGAAGAGCUUUAGAGAUCAGACAAAAGGUUUUGGGGAAAGAUCAUCCUGAUGUUGCUAAGUCGCUGAAUAAUUUGGCUUUGUUAUGUCAUAACCAAGGCAAAUAUGAAGAGGUAAGGAAGAUCUUUAGAGUAAAUAUUGCAUAUGGCAUAAAUUCCUUUAUUUAUUAUUCAUCUUCUUGGGAGAGAUCAUCCUGGUGUUGCUAAGCAGCUGAAUAAUUUGUUACGUCAAUAGACUCUAAACUAUGUUAAUAUAUAUAUAUGUAAAACCUAAAAUAAAUAUUGCAUAUGACAUGAAGUGAUUCAUGGCUUGUUAUUAUGAAAGGGUUAUUAAAGUUCUUGAAUUAUUUAUUAUGAACUUAUUUCAAAUAAAAAUGACAAGCAAAUGGAAUGAUAAUUUUACAAUUAAUAAUUUUUAAAAUUAACAAAUAUAUCAAUGUGCUUUAUUUCAAUCUUAUCAUCAACGCACGCAGGCAGAACUAUAUUACCAGCGAGCUUUACAGAUCUACGAAUCAAAACUUAGCCCAUGUGAUCCUAA